AUUGGAAGCUAUUGACAUAGCGACGAGAGGGUUGAUAGAAAGCAGUCAUUUAGCUAUUUUUCGUGUUUUAUUCAUACUUUCAAGGAAUUUAUCAUUUCAACAGCUGCCAUGAACGGGUUAGUGGCCAAAAAGACCCAAGAUACUUUGGGGAAAGUAAUAAAGAAACCACCACUUACUGAAAAACUGCUCAGCAAACCGCCGUUUCGGUACCUGCACGACAUAUUCAGUGAGGUGAUCCGAACCACUGGCUUUAUGAAGGGACUCUAUGCAGAGGCCGAGAUGAAGUCAGACAACGUAAAGGAUAAGGACGCUAAGAUCGCAUUCCUGCAGAAGGCCCUGGAUGUGGUGAUGCUAGUGAGCGGCGAACCCCUGUCGGCCAAGCCAGCUCGCAUAGUGGCCGGCCACGAGCCUGAGAGGACCAAUGAGCUGCUGCAGGCCAUCGCCAAGUGCUGCCUCAACAAGCUGUCCAGUGAGGAGGCGGUGAAGCGUGUCCUGGCUGGGGACAAGCUCGAUCCCAAGGGCAAGGCCAGCACCUCCCGGUCCCAGGACAAAGAAAACAGGGAAGGUCGCGAGCGCCACAGAGACAGAGAGGAGAGGAAGGAGAUACGGGAACAAAGUGAAGGCCAGGAGCAAAAGGACCUGGACCUGCCCAGGAGGAGCGAUAAGGAGCGUCACCGCCAGGGAGAUCGGACAGAGAAGGGCCGCGAACGAGACCAUACCAAAGACCGCAACAAAGACAAGAGCCGGGAGAGGGACAAAGACAGGGAAAGGGACAAAGACAGGGAGAGGGACAAGGAGAAGGGGAGAGACAGGGAGAGGGACAAAGACAGGGAGAGGGACAAAGACAGGGAGAGGGACAAAGACAGGGAGAGGGACAAAGACAGGGAGAGGGACAAAGACAGGGAGAAGGAGAAGGACAAAGACAGGGAGAAGGGGAGAGACAAGGAGAAGGACAGGGAGAAGGGGAGAGACAAGGAUAAACGGCGGGACAAGGGAGAAAGAGAGACAGAGAGAGAGCCUAGACACAAAGAGGGGGAGGAGAGAACCAAAGUUCCACCAAAAGGUGACAAAAAGGCCCGAGCGUCAGAGGAUACCAAACUGAAACCCAAUUCAGAGGUGCCUAAUAGAAUUACCCAACCUGAACCAUCGAAGGCAGAUGAUGAGCAGGAAGAGACAGAGGAAGUCAUACACAAACAGUCUGACAGUCCAGCCAGAAUAGCUCGGCCUUCGUCUGCCAAAGGGCAGAGGCGCUGGCCCAAAGCAGGAGUCCAACGAGAUGAAUCUGACAGUGAAGGAGAUGGAGACACUGCAUUGGCAGAGAGACCAGUCCUCUUGGAAAACGGAGAUCCCCCAGAUGCAGAACCGUCGCUCGUGGCCCACAGUAACCGGAGGAUACCCCGACCCAGCAGUGCCCGCCCCGCCCCUCCACGACUCAAGAGGCAGGAGAGCUACAAUGACGUGACCUCGGCCCAAAGGCUGACCAGUGCCAAGAUUCCGGCAGCGGUCAUUAUGGAGGGAAAGAAGCUCUCUGAGGACGAUGAAGAGGAUGAAGAUGAGCAGUUUGUGGUGGAGGAGACCAUCCGCCCUCCAGACAUGCCAGACAUGGAGAUGGAGCCAACAGUGGAAGUCCAAGGCAAUGAAAAACAUGGUGGACUAGUGAAAAAAAUCCUUGAAACAAAGAAAAACUUUGAAACAACCCCAUCAUCUCCAAAGUCCAAAGACCAGACACAGAGCCUGGUGUCAGAGGCAGCGAGGAAGAAGGAGAGAGACCUGGUGUCCAGGGAAAUUGAGCGUCUACGCUCGUCCAUCCAGACAGUGUGCCGCAGUGCCCUGCCCCUGGGCAAGAUCAUGGACUACAUCCAGGAGGAUAUGGACGCCAUGCAGAACGAACUGCACGUCUGGAGGAGGGAGAACAAGGAGCAUGUGCAGGCCCUGCUACAGGAACAGAGAGUGACAGACAGCGCGGUGGAGCCUCUGAAAGCUGAGCUAGCCGAGCUGGAGCUGCUCAUCAAGGAGCAGCAAGACAAGAUCUGUGCCGUCAAGGCCAACAUCCUGAAGAACGAGGACAAGAUCCAGAAAAUGGUGACCAGCAUCAACUUCUCCUCUCGAACAUGAGAGCUGUGAUCUAAAUAAAGGAGUUAAUCUCCUGAAAAAUGCACUGGGCUUUUCAUGGUGAGUCUGGUUUUUACUCUGAUAAUGUCUGAGACGGUGGAGGAGGCCUCAAUGCACUUUCUUUGGUUGUGAUGUCAUGAUGAGAUAAAAUACCCUAUCUUUUUAUGGUGCCUUUUGUGGAACUACACACUAGUUCUGGAGAAGGGUGUGUUCAACCCUCUAGGGAGAGAGAAAGACAACUGUGUCAUUUUGUUAAUGCUUUAUCCACUUUAGGGUGAUUGACACACAUUUUCUAGGUUUUCCUCUAUUCUCAAAAUGAUUUAUUGUGUCCAAACAUUUGUACAUCGGCUGUAAAAACAAUGAUGAAUAGAAUUACAUGUUAGUACUUUCCAGAUCUAUAUCCAUUUAUAAAAUCUGUGAUAGGUAUUCCCCAAACAGAAGACAUGGUC